CGCCUUCAGAGCUGCCGGGGCUGUGGAGGAGAUCACUUACCUGCGGGCAACUGAAAUUUCAAACUUCUACUUGAGCAGGGGCGCGAGCAGAUCCCGCCCGCCGCCUGCGAAGCGAGCCCAGCGACCGUCCUCGUCGCGGGCCUUUCUUGGACUUUCCAGCCCUUCGUUCGCUUUGAUUUGCUCUUCCCCGGGGGUGGUGGGAGAGGGCAGCCUCGGCUGCGCCCAGCCAUGAAGCUGCAGAAGAAGUGCGGGCUCAUGGUUCUCCUCCUGCUCACCGUCCUCUUCCAGACCCCGGAGUCCUACUCCACAAACGCCUAUGUCACCGUCACCUACUACAACCAGAGCAGCAACCACUCCACCACCGAGGUGUGCGAGUGCGGGAUCUACGGCUUGGCGUCUCCCGUGGCCAACGCCGGCGGCACGGUGGGCAUCCCCAAGAGCUUCAACUACCAGGCCUGUGACCCCCACACGGAAUUCACCUACAGCGAGACGCCCUGGAUCGCUCUCAUAGAGCGGGGCAACUGCACGUUCUCCGAGAAGAUCCAGACCGCCAACCGAAGGGGGGCGGAGGCCGCGGUGAUCUACAACGUCCCGGAGUCCGGCAACGAGACCCUCCAGAUGGCCAAUUUCGGUGCAGGAGACAUUGUGUCAAUCAUGAUCGGCAAUCUGAAAGGCACCAAAAUUUUGCAGUCUAUUCAACGAGGCAUCCAAGUAACCAUGGUCAUUGAAGUAGGGAAAAAACAUGGCCCCUGGAUGAAUCAUUAUUCGAUCUUCUUUGUCUCUGUGUCCUUCUUCAUCGUGACGGCUGCAACUGUGGGCUACUUUAUCUUCUAUUCUGCUCGAAGACUGAGGAAUGCCAGGGCUCAAAACCGGAAACAGAGACAACUAAAAGCGGAUGCUAAAAGAGCUAUUGGGAAACUUCAGCUGCGGGCUCUGAAACAUGGAGACAAGGAAACUGGACCCGAUGGAGACAGCUGUGCUGUGUGCAUUGAAAUAUUUAGACCAAAUGAUAUCGUGCGCAUAUUAACAUGCAACCAUCUUUUCCACAAGACCUGUAUUGACCCUUGGCUCUUGGAACACCGAACUUGCCCCAUGUGCAAAUGUGAUAUCCUUAAAGCUCUGGGGGUUGAGGCUGAUGUAGAAGCGGGAACUGUGUCGUUCCAAACCGCUGGAUCCAACCCUAACAUCAAUGGAUCACCAGAAUCUUAUUCCCCUCAUGAAGAGGAUAGCCACAGCGAGACAGCCUCUUCUGGGUAUGCUUCGGUCCAAGGUGCAGAUGAGCCACCCAUGGAGGAGCGUGCUCAGUCCCAGAAUGAUCAUCUGCGUCUAGUCAACCACGACGCAAGUUCUGUGGCAGUGGAUGUCCUUCCCCAGCUUGACAACCCCGCAUUUGAAGCAGAUGAGCCUUCUGUUCGUGAGGCUUCCAUUCAUCAAAUUAAGUUCUGAAAUGUAUAUCAGUGGAAAAUUGGAAUCUUUGGUUAAAGAUAGAAUUGCCAGCCAGAGUACAUUUUGCUAUUAAUGACCUGGUUUAACGUAACAGCAGGGAUACUGGAAAUGUUAAGAUUAUUUAAUAGAUCAUGCUUAAAUGGCUCAUAAUAUUUAACCUAUUAAGCUAUCUCAUUUUCCACCAGCUCAUGUUAACACUUCAUAGGUAAGAUUCCUCUCAACAGUUUGUGAUGGAGACUUUUCGGCGUUCAGGAGAGCUUUGUUUUUGCAUCGGUGACAAUUUUCUUAGGGGAAAAGUUGGCGUUUAACUACGGAGCAGCUAAAAUUACAUAGCUCACGGUAGCCCCUUGCUUUAAUUUUCAAAACGAUCCAUCGGAGACUAGAAAGACAUCCGUUUUUCUCCAAAUGAUCCUAUUGAUCUGAUCUUAAAAUCAUUACAAGCAUUAGAUAAAUAACUAUUUAAUGAAAUGCCUGCUUUGGCCACAUUAAAUUCAUAGCCACGGAAAUUGAUUAACUUUCAAAUUCGAGUUCAAUCCCCAUUUAGUAAUUCCUGGUUCUCAAAUGCAGGUUAAACAAAAAUUCAAAAGCAAAAUGUCUGUUAUCAGAUAGAGAUGAACUCAGUGAUAGAAUCUGGAAGAAUCUGGCAUAUUAUUUACUAGUCAAAAUCUUACUAAAAGUCUCCUCAGAAAAAAAUCUAAUCCAGUUUCACAAGCAUUCAAUUCACAUGCUGUGUACCCAUCCCAAACUUGACUUAGGAGAUCUCUUAAAAGCACACUACAUAAAUUGGCACAAAAUGUUAAAUAUGAAUGUAGGAGAGUAAGACAGUCCAGCUGGUAGAAUAAUUUUAGUCCGCAAGAAUGAGUCUACAAGAUGGCUUGUGGAGAGAGUGAUGCUUGGAGGUGGUGACAUUGAAUUUGACUUCACAGAGUUGCAAGAUUGAAACCAAAAUUCUUUAAUGUAGCUAUAAGCUUGUUAGAUACAUUUUCUUGGAGUUUGAGGGAGAAUGGAGAGGAUGCCAGGUGCCUUAAUAUAAAGUUUGCUUCAUCCACCAAAGCUAACUAGUGAGACUUUAAAAUGCACUUUAUUUUUAUUCUCUGUGGCUUAACUUUUAUUUUAGAAUGUUUCGCUUGUUUUUUAACCCCAGUACUGACGCUUGCAGAAUUUCACCAACUAACGUAUUUUGUUCGAUGUGUUUGAUAUUAAUGAAAUCAUCACAUUCUAACUUGAUAUUGUGAUUGAAGUACUGUAAAUACAUUCAUGAUUUGUAUUCACUUUCUUGGAUACUAAUGUAAAUAAGAUAAUAAAAGUCAUAGCAUAUUA